GGAGGCUUCUCUCAUGUCUCCACAUGGUGAACUGGAGUGGACAGAGGGAGCUCAUCCGCGCUCUCCCUGGAUUCAAGCUGGCCAUCUUCAGGUCAGCAACUCAAACUUCAGGUUAGCAGUCCUGCCGGCACAAGGGUUUAACCCAUUGCACCACCGGAGGCUCCUUGGAAAGUACUGAGGGAGAGACUUAGACCCCUUCCACGUUGCUGAAUAAAAUCCCACAUUAUCUGCCUUGAAGUGGAAUAUAUGACAGUGUAGACUUAGAUAACCCAGUUCAAAGCAGAUAAUGUGGGAUUUUCUACUUUAAUAUUGUGGGUUAUAUGGCUAUGUGGAAGGGCCCUGAGACCACUAUGAAGGGUUUUGAACAGAAAUUACAGUGUAUACAUCCAGUCUCUCUUCUUCGCUCUGGGUAUAUUUUUCUGUUUGUGUGUGAUGUGUGUGUCUGCCUAAAAGAGAUUGAGACAGCAAUAUUGACAGAUUACAUUUGGGUCACUGUGCUCUUUCUAAAAAACAACAUUUAUAAUGUACUCCAUUUUCAAAGAGUCUUCAAAUUUUUUGACUUUUCAACUCCAUUCUACAGACUCAAAUGGUGAGUUUACUAUAACUAGGGUUAUAGCAUGGCAUGUAAUGUAUAUUUAGUUUCUGCAUUAUCGAAAAUGAAGAUUAAAGAUUACCUUUCUAUCUAACAAAGUUGUGGAGUUUUGGAAUAAAAUACGUGAUUUAUUUCACAUGCAUGUCCUUCAUUGAAAUCUCCCACUACCUCAAAAGUGUCAGACAGACCUUUGGAAAUAUUUCCAUUUAUGUCAAUGUAAAGCACGAGCCAGAAUAAUAUAUGGAAUUCUCCAAAUCUCCCCCAAAAUUUGGUUUUUCCACAGAUGCUGUUGUGUGUCUUCAAACUGUUUCUAACUUAUGGUGAUCUUAAAAUAUUGAGGAUGUUUUGCCUUUGUCUUUCUCUGAGGUUGAGAAAAUGUGACUUGACAAGGCCAUCCAGUGAGUUUCCAUGGGCAGGUGAAUUUUCAAACUCUAUUCUCCAGAGUCCUAAUCCAAGGUUCAAUAGACAUACACCAUGCUGGCUCUCAUAAUCUCUCAACACACCAGCCAUCUUUUUGAUUCCAAAUGAAACACAUUGUGGCUUCUGAAGCAGAUAAUAGAAUGGAUAAUAUGUGCUGUGCUCUGUUUAUUUGCUUUGUGUGAUUUAAUGUUUAUAAACUGUCACUUAGUAGAUAUCCACACUUUUACCAGAUAUUCAUUGUACUGCCAGUGAGUGGGAGUUGUUACUUACAACCUGUAGUAAGAGAAUUAGGCAGAUACACAUACUGCUUGAACUGUGCUCCCUCCCUUGUAAUACUUUUAAUAAACCUAUUUUAUUUUUUCUCUAUCUUAGGUAUCUUGCCAUUUAAUCCCAUUAGAAAGAAGAUGGUGAAAGCCAAUGUUACAUGGAUGAGUGAUUUUUACCUGACCGAACUGUCUGGCCUCCCAGAAGUGGAGAUUUCCCUCUUUGUGAUGGUUAUUCUAAUCUACUUGAUCACACUGGCAGGGAACGGAGCUCUCCUCCUGGCAAUAGAGACCGAUGAUCGCCUCCAGACCCCCAUGUACUUCUUCCUCAGCAAUUUGUCUUUGCUGGACAUGCUUUGUCCAACCAUCACUGUGCCAAAGAUGCUCCAGAUUCUCUUGUCCUCUGACAAGAGAAUAUCAUUUGUGGGUUGCAUGCUACAAGUAUUCUUUCUCAUUGAUGUGAUCAGCACUGAAGUUUUCUUGCUAGCAGUGAUGGCUUAUGACCGCUAUGUAGCCAUAUGUAGCCCUCUACAUUACGCAAACAUCAUGAAUAAAAGGUUGUGUUCUCAGCUGACUACUGUGACCUGGUUGUUGGGCUUCAUCAAUUCCAUGGUUCACACCUCAUUGACCUUUUCCUUGUCCUUUUGUGGACAGAAUAAAGUUAACCAAUAUUACUGUGACCUUCAUCCAGUGAUGGCUCUCUCCUGCUCUUCUACCUUUUUACCUGAGCUGGUUGUUCUCCUUGUGGCCAGUGCCAUAGGAGGUGCUGCUUUCCUAGUUACCCUGAUUUCUUACGUCUAUAUCAUUUCUGCCAUUUUGCACAUGCCGUCUUCAGAGGGCAGGCACAAAGCCUUUUCCACCUGUGGAUCCCACCUGACUGUAGUUUGCCUGUUCUAUGGGGCUGCCAUCUCCACCUAUGCUCGCCCUGCUUCUACCUAUUCCCACACACAGGUCCGGAUUGUUUCUAUGUUAUAUGGGGUUGUCACUCCCAUGCUGAACCCAAUGAUCUACAGUCUGAGAAAUAAGGAUGUGAAAAGGGCCUUGGUCUAAACACUGAAUUUGAAAGAAUUCUUGUGACAAAUUAAUUCUUGUCUAUCGUAUGAGUUUUAUGUUUUUAGCCCAGUUUAAAUUCAUAAUAGGAACAAAUUAACACUUAACCAUUUCCUUUCAUUAGACUAAAUAUUUGCUGCCCUUAGGACAAAGGAGGUACUUUGGUCAUCUAAACUGAAAGAGAAUGGUGACCUCUAGUAAUGAAUCAUUUUCAUGAUUCUAGAAGCCCAUCCUGGUGGAUAUAUUGAUGUAAAUGUUGUUUUCCCUUUCCCCCUUCUAUCAGAUUAACUGUUCCACAACCUUAGGUUGCUUCCUUGUGUCUUGGAGAAGUGGCAUAGGAUCAGGAUUUCUGACUGCAUGGCAAACCAUUGUAGGACAAAGACAUUGGCCAGGUUGGAAAUGUCCAUUUUGGUAUCUGGGUUCUGAGCCACUCUUUGGAAGUGUAGCAUGAGGGAAGCAAGAGUAUCCCUGUUUGCCUGAGGGAGCUCCCCGACACUCUGAUACAUAGCUGCCACACUAUUGUUAUCAUCCGAAAUUUCUGCUCCCUCCACAAAAGCCUUGCUGAGGUGGAAGAUGAGAAGAGGCUCUUUCAGGUUGCGAAGGAAAUGUUUGAGAAGCUCACAUACAGCACGGAUGUCUUCCACGUUGCUAAGCUAGAGCAUAGCUUUCCCUUGAAGAAACUUCUCUUUCAGAUCUUUCACUGUGCAUUUUUCAGAAUUAAUGUUAAAGUCUGACAAAGAGUUGUUGUAGCUAUUUUAUGAGCUAUUCUGGAUAUUUCAGUUAUAAAUAUAUUUAUUCAUGAAUAUAAAUAAAUAAAUAAACAAAAGCAGUGCAAGAUUUAGAAUGCAAUAUGGUAAAAUAAAAGUUAGAAGAAAUAAUUGGUACAUCUGCACAAAAACCUUGAGAAAAUUGUCCAAAAAGGUUGAGUUCUUGUUGGUUGAUCUUAGGUCCUCCAGUACAAUUCUGUGAUCAACUUCUGGUGCUUGUGUCUCUGGGAAAAAAAGUGGUUUUUUUAAUUUGUGUUUUUUCCACUUUUGUAGGGGUUUUGUAGGCCUUUAAAUCCAAUGAAUGAGAAGGGCUUACUGUGUUUCAAAAUUAUACUCUAUAACACUGCUUUCCAAACAUUUCAUGUUGGUGACACACUUUUUAGAUAUGGCUCUUCUACCUUUGUCCUUGAACUGGCUUUUCUUCUUGUGGCUAACCUUAAGGAAGUGGUGCUUUCCCCAUCAUCCUGAUUUCUUAUAUCUAUAUAAAUUCUGCUGUUUUGCGCAUGCACUCUGUUGAGAGUAGGCGCAAGGUUUUUUCUACCUGUAGAUCUCACUUGACUGUAGAUUGCUUGUUCUAUGGGGCUGCCAUAGUCACGUAUGCUCAUUCUAAUUCAGCCUGUUUCCACAAGUGGGAUAGAAUCAUUUCCAUGUUAUAUGGAGUUGUUACUCCCAUGCUGAACACCAUCAUCUAUAGUCUGAGGAACAAGGAAGUGAAAGGGCCUUGGUCAAGGCACUUAGAUUAAAUAGGGUCUACUGAAUGUUAAGUUUAAGUCUUUCGGCCCUAAUGUGCUGUCGGAAUGUACUUUGAGUCACAUAACAGAAAGCUAUGUUUUAACAUUACAGAACAGCCUGGACUAGUCUCUGGUUUUCCCUGUCUCUGCUACCCUUCCUUCCUUCAUAUAAAUGAGGAUAUUGUCAGCUGAAUGGUACAUUGCUUUAAAUAUAUAGGUCAUGGAUAACAUGGAUGAGGGUUUGCUGAGUGAUGGCUCGCCUGUAGAAUUGGAGCCAAGUCAGGAACAGCAAUUCUCUCAGGCACAUUCAGAAGAAAUGACUACUUAGCCCGCUGGCCAAACACAAGAGGCCUUUGUUGAGCAGUCUAAGGAAGGGUUAGCUAUUCCAUCUUUUAUAGAAUUAAGGAGAGAAAGAUCUCAACUGAGGAGAUCAUCCAGGCUUUCUGAAAAGAGGGUCAGAAACAGGGAUCACCUGUGAAAGUAGCAUUUAAGGGACCUGAUUGCUGGCUGCAACUUCAGUAUCCGUGCCAAGAUCUUGGAACCACGAACACAUUUGAAAUCUGGACUGCUCUUGGACUUGUGGACUCAACCUGCUUAGAUUUCUAGUAAUUUGCUUUUGACUCUGGACUGGACAAUUGACUUUCCCUCCUGCUUGUUCUCCUGAGUUUUGGUACUACUGUGAGUUAACUGGCUAGACUUUGGACUGUUGUAACACUCCUGCCUGUGUUUACAAAAUAAAUAAACUUUAUUUGUAUCCUUUCACCAUCUCCCUGAAGGGAACCGGGCAGCUCACAAGAGCGCUCAAUAGUGCAACAACACAGAAAAUACAGUACGGUACAUAACACAUAAAUCAGAACAAUAAAAUUUUAUACACAAACUGUAUAUAAAAUACACCUAGUGGCAGAGAAGGUACACCUAGUGGCAGAGAAGGUACACCUAGUGGCAGAGAAGCUGGGCUGUGGCGCAGCUGGCUAGUAACCAGCUGCUAUAAAUCACUACUGACCGAGAGGUCAUGAGUUCGAAGCCCGGGUCGGGUUAAGCCUCUGACCAUUAAUAGCCCCGGCUUGCUGUUGACCUAUGCAGCCCCGAAAGACAGUUGCAUCUGUCAAUUAGGGAAAUUUAGGGACGCUUUAUGCGGGAGGCUAAUUUACAACACCAUAAAACUGCCAGCAAAACACGAGGAAAGGAAUGCGGAAGUACAGCUACUACUGGACGGUGAAGCAAGAGCUCCCCCUGUGGCCGGAAUCGUGAAGCUGGAAAAAUGUUAAAAAUGCCUCUGUCUGUCUAAUGUAUGUUGUUUGUCUGUUGGCAUUGAAUGUUUGCCAUAUAUGUGUUCAUUGUAAUCCGCCUUGAGUCCCCUUUGGGGUGAGAAUGUAAAUACUGUAAAUAAAUAAAUAAAUAAAUAAAAUAACCUAUAAAACCCCUACUGAUUAGAAACUUAAUUCAUUAAAAUGCAGCAAAUGCUGCGGAUAUAAGCAAACUGUAUACAAUAUUAACCCCAUAAAGUGUAAAAGUGAGACAGUCACUAUGUUUUCGAAUUUAAUGAUUAAGGUACUAGACAUUGUCAAAGGCUUGUUUAAAAAGCCAUGUUUUCAGAUGUAUCCGGAAGACUUGGAGAGUGCGGGGCAGCCUUACCUCUCCAGAAGUCAAGGCUUUUGACAAUAUAGCAUGCAUACUACUGUCUUUUCUAAUUUGAGUCAGGGUAUUCAGACCUGGGAUCAUUGUGCAUGUGUGGGAGAAUUUUAUAACCUCCCAUUUAAAAAUAAAAAUAAAAUAAUUUUUUUCUUCCUCAAUUUUUGAAAUGUGUUUUCUAUCAAUAGUGUUUUCUUUUAAAUCCUCUUGUAAGAAGACAUUACAUUUAAAAUAUGCAUGGAGGAAUGUUUGUUCCUUUGUUAACAUAUCUGCAACUUUCAAUUUGGAGUAUGACUUUGCUUUGCUUACUCUUUAGCAGAGGUUCUCAAACUGUGCUCCGGGGAGCCCUUGGGACUCCGUGGGUGAUAUUGAGGAGCUCAGCAUGCUGCUUCCUGACUCAUCCCCUUUCCUCCUCCUGAGAAAUGCAGGGAAAUUAAAGUUUUGAGCUGCUGAAAACAACAACAGCAGCAGGAACAGCAUCCUGGGGCACAAAUCCUUUCUCCCCCACCUCCUUCACUGCUCAGACUCUUUUUUUGCUGCCCAGACCCUUUCCCCUGCUUCCCUCCCUCCUUCCCUCCAGUUUCUUUUAUGACCAUCUGUUGGGAGUGCUUUGAUUGUGUUUUCCUGCAUGGCAGAAAGGGGUUGGACUGGAUGGUCCCUGGGAUUUCCAUCAUCAUCAUCAUCAUCAUCAUCAUAAUUUUAUUGACACAAAAACAUAGUAUGACAAUGACGCAGCAAACGAGAUAUAUAUGCUGGAUUUCGUAUUACAAAAUCACAAGUCAAACACUUCCCAAGUGUUUAGGACUGUGUGAUGUAUUUUCGGAUGAUGCGUGCAGAUCCCAGUAAGGUGGCCUUUUGCAGUUGACAAUUGUAAUUUUGUCAAUGCUUAUUAUUUCCAAAUGUCAGCUGAGAUCUUUUGGCAUGGCACCCAGUGUGCCGAUUACCACCGGGACCACCUGUACUGGUUUAUGCCGGAGCCUUUGCAGUUCGAUCUUAAGGUCCUGAUAACAGCUGAGUUUUUCCUGUUGUUUUUCAUCAAUUUGACUGUCACCUAGUAUGGCAACAUCAAUCAUCCAAACUUUUUCUUUUCCACAACCGUGAGGUCUGGUAUGUUGUGUUCCAAAACUUUGUCAGUUUGCUGUGCCAGCUGUCAGCUCUAGUUUGUAGUGCAAUUUUCUUGUACUAAUUCUUUGUCUGUUGUGCUUUGAGGAUUUUCUGAUUUUUGAUUUCAAUCAAAACAGGUUCUUCACUUUCCUUUACAUACUCUGCCAGGGCAUGUUCUUCUUCUUUGACUGCUUGUUUUACUUGUAAAUGUCUUUUGCCACCAGAUCUUCUAGGCAGAUAUAACUGGUCAACAUCACUGCGAGGAUGAA